AUGUCUAGCAUCUUGGCCGGUGCAGCCCAAGUCGAGGAUCCGUUACCUGAAAAGGGGCGCUUGGGCCCUUGGUUGGCGGCAUGGCAUGAUCCGGUGGCGGGCCUCACAUGCAACGGCGGAUGCAUGCAGUUCAUGGAUCUCAGCAGGAACGGAGACUACAAGAUUGUAGUGGCCUGCAGGGCUAUGUCUCUAAAGGUUUAUCAAGGAACAAGCAUCUUCGCCGAGCACCCCCUGUUGGACGAACCGUCGGGCCUCUGCGCGUUCUACGGGGUGGAGGACAACACCAACACGGCGGGAGGCGAAAGGCCCGCGGUGGCGGUAGCGGCCGGACCGUACAUCUUCAUUUACAAGAAUCUGCGACCGUACUUCAAGUUCACGGCCCCGCUAGUCGAGCCGUCUGACGAGGAGUUGGAGAUUUGGACAAGAUACCGGAAGGGUGAGGUAGAUGCGGACACGCUCAAGGCUCUUCUCGCUAAGGCGACAGAGGACGGGGUGCGACUUGGCCCGUUGUCGACGGACUUCUUGGCGCCCGACCUCGAAGACCGUGGGAGCUUUCUGUCUGCGAGGGGGGCAAGCGAGCCCCUGUCGCGCACGACGAUCAUCACAUGCCUUGCGACAAUGAAUAGGGCGAGAGAAGAGGAGGGGUCGCCGGUGUGCCUUCUGGCCGGAACAGAGGAUGGGCAGAUAGUCUUCCUCGAUCCACCCUGCAAAGUCUUGACGACGGCCCAGCUACCACGGGGCGCGGUGCCGGCGUUUCUGGCCGUGGGAGGCCUGUUUGACUCGGAUUGGAGGCUAGCCGUGGCCUGCAGAAACGGGCGCAUCUAUACCGUCAAGGACGGCGAUGUGGCGAAAACGGCCGUGGUUACCGGUACUGUCAUCAGCCUGGAGGCAACGCCCUGCGGCCUCGCAAGACUCCCAAGACAGGUUUACGCCGCAACUACGGACAACAACCUCCAUGCCUACCACCUCAAAGGGCGGAGGGAUUUCUCUCUCAAGAUGCCGGCCCUCGUGGUCCAGCUGGAAGCGAUGGAGACCAGGUCGACCACGUGCCUCUUGGUAGCCCUGGCGGACGGCAACGUUCGCCUGUACGAUGCCGAGAAGAACCUGCUGCACACACUCAAGACGCAGGAGCCGAUAGCGGCUCUGCGAUUUGGACCCUACGCCAGAGAAGACGGCGCACUCGCCGUCGUGUCCGUAACUGGGAAGUUGACGAUAUUCAUGCUGAAUCGCAAGGCUGAUCUGAGGAAGCCCAAAACGUUCGGGGCGGCAACGGCUGGCUAUCCACCGGAACAGGACAUCCCGCUCAAGGUCCCGAAGAAGACCAAGCUGUACGUGGAGCAGACGCAGCGCGCGAAGCUUCAGGCCGGGGAGAUCCACCGGGCGUUCCAGAAGGACCUCUGCCUCCUCAGGCUCACCGCCGCCCGGGCGUACGUUAAGACCAUCACGGACGGCCGGCAGGGAGUCAGCGCGGUCGGGGCGGCGGCAUCGUUAAGGCUGCACGCGCAGUGCCAAGGGCUGGGCCCGAAUUUCAAGAUAAAGCUGGAGCUUCAGAACCAGGGGGACCGGGCGCUUACAAACCUCCCCGUGGCGUUCACGUAUGACCGAGACAUCUACGCUAUGGAAAAGGGCCAGUUCAUGGUGUCCGCGUUGAUUCCGGGCGUCUCUUCCCGCCACGAGAUCGCCAUUACCAACAUAGACGAAGGCGGGGCCGCGGGUUCCGUGAGAAUACUGGUGCUCAGCCCUUCCGGGCCUUCGCCUUUGGUCUCGGCCGUUGUCAACAUGCCUCUCAGCGAGCUUAUUGACUCCUAA